CGUGAUGUCAUAAAUUUGUCACCACUUAGAGGAAGCAGCGGGAACUCAGCCUCGAUUUUGUUGACUCGCUUUUGGAUAAAAUAAGCUAAACUAACGAACACGUUUCAGACAUGACUUGCAACAAAGAGAUAUGGCAGAAGAUUGGAGAAGGCUUUGUCCAUGAAUAUUAUAAUCAKUUUGACAACAGCAACAGGAUGGGACUUGCUAACCUAUAUUCUCCUAAUGCCUGUUUGACCUGGGAAGGCUCACCGUUUCAGGGGAGAGAAGCCAUUGGUAACAAGCUAGUAAGCCUGCCAUUCAAGCGCAUUAAGCACAUCAUCACAGAGCAAGACUUCCAACCAACUAUGGAUUCUUGCAUCCUUAUCAUGGUCUUUGGACAGCUGCAGGCAGAUGAGGAUCCACCAAUGGCCUUCCAUCAAGUCUUUAUGCUGAAGUCUGAAAACUCGACAUGGGCAUGCACAAAUGAUGUGUUUCGGUUGGGGGUACACAACAUCCCAGUGUAAUGGCAGGAUUUUGUCAGCUUGCAUGAAUUCCAUUGCUUGAGAUAAUUUUGUUUUUGUUGAGCUUGUUGAAACAGAAAAAUGUCUCUACUGUUCAUGUUUAAACUACAAUGAUAUAAUUUACUGUUAAAACGUCACAUGUARUAACAUGUAAAAUUAAAGAAUUUAUUACUCUGAACUAUA